AGCGAUGUGACAAAGAUAUGGAUUCGAAUCGGCAGUAUCACAAGAGCUAUUCAACUAGUCCAAUCAUGCAAGCCGGAUGUUUUGGUGCUGCAAGGUGCAGAUGCGGGUGGCCAUGGUGGUGAAAAGGGCGCAGGCAUCAUUUCUGUGAUUCCUGAGACUUUACAAGCACUGCAGAAUGUGGAAAUACACGAUGUUUCUAUCGUCGCGGCAGGCGGUAUAGCAGAUGGCUCUGGCGUUGCUGCAGCUUUGACACUAGGCGCCGAUGGCAUAGUCAUGGGCACCAGAUUCCUUGCCGCUGAAGAAACAACAGUCCACCCAGCCUAUCGAACUGCAGUUCUCGAGACCGAAGAUGGAGGACAGACGACUGUGCGAGCGAAACUGUUUGAUGAGCUAGCUGGCCCGAACAUCUGGUCGAGAAACUUUGAUGGCAGAGCUCUGAUUGCACAAAGCUAUAGAGAUCAUAUGGAGGGUAUCCCAAUCGAUGACAUUCGCAAGUCGCAUGCUGAGGCGAAGCAAUCUUCUCAUCUUGGGUUUGAUCAAGAGAAUAGAAGGGCUGCAAUUUGGGCAGGUACGGGAGUUGGGCUCGUACGCGAGAAGGCACCUGCCGCGGAGAUCGUCACAGAAGUGCGCGAAUCUGCAAGGGCGGCAUUGAAAAGAACUGUCUCACUGUUGGCUAAAUUCUAA